AUGGAGAUACAACGAAGCACACCAAGUCAAGCAGACAUGGAUGUUGACAGUACUGAGCUCGUCCUUAAGCUUCAACUCGACGACGUCGCUGCAAUUCUGGCGAAAACAAAAGGCAAACAGCGCGAGGGUACUGCAGCACCCGAUUCUGAAAUUGCAGUGUUGGCAUACCGAGAAGAAUUGAUGACGAGUCAGCAGAUCGCCAGUGACCGUCGAGUUGCGCAAGAGCUCGAUCCAUUGGGCGAGAAUACUGAGGAAGCUCUAGAACAAGCUCAACGAUGUCUCGUUCGGGCGCCGGCGGAGAAGUCACCUCUACCACCCUGGGGUGGAAUGGAAGGUUUUGGCAGAAGAUUCUUUUCGAUCAGCAAUUCAUCUAAGAAGCUGGCAGAUUACGCAGCGGCAACAUCAAUAGGGGAAUCCUCAAGUUCAGGAAGUUCUACCGGUUGCCAAUCUGAGACUACGAUUAGCUCCAAUCCGUCUAACGCGACUGAACUAAGUGCCCCAGAUAUACAAAACGAAAAUGCCAUUGAGGGAUCGCACGAAUUGACCGCUACCGGCGAGUUAAUUUACGAAUCUCGAGAAACUGCAACAAAAUGUGUCGUGUGCUAUGAUGAGAUUCCAACUCACGACAUCAUCCAACUAGCUUGCGAACAUCACUACUGCCGAGGCUGUUUACAGAAACUAUUCACUCAUGCUCCGAAUGUCGCAGGUUUACUGACGCCUCAACUCAUUCAAGAAUUUCACGACAAGAAGAUUGAGUAUGACACUGAAGACAAAACAUACUGCUCUAAGUUCUCGUGCUCAAUCUUUAUCAAACAAGAGUAUAUUGAUAUCGGUAGAGAUGUUGCUACAUGCCCAAAUUGUAACCAGGAGACUUGUAUCAUUUGCAAAAUUCCUAAGCACGAUGGAUUAUGCCCAGAAGAUGGAUCAACGAAGCAGAUUAUGGACUUAGCAAUCGCUAACAACUGGAGACAAUGUCCAUCAUGCAAAACAAUGAUUCAAAUGGCGUUUGGUUCUGUCCAUGCGGCUCUGAAUGGUGCUAUUCUUGUUCAAGGCCUUGAAAAGUUUGCAGCUGCGGUCAUUGGACUGAAGAAAUUCUCCUUUCGCGAGGAACAGGUCAACGCUAUCAAAGCAGAACUUCGAUCGCAACCUUGUGGACAUGGAAAUCGUUGGAUCUACCAACCAAUUGAGGAAACUGAGGGAACACUGUGUGAGAACUGUUCCUCGCCUGUUUGA